CUCGUACGCCGCGUCCGUUUCCUGAAGACCUCGAACGCAGAAUGAGCCUCCAUAUUGUUUGGUUUAGCUGCUAAGGCAAAUUUAUAUCUUAUUAUUCAUUAUCAUUCCAGCGUAACCUUCCGCUCAACAACCAAGAUGAAUAUAAUCACCCGAUCUAAGCGACUAAGAAUGUCUGAACCUGAUUGGAAGUUGAUUCUUCCCGCUAAUGGACCGGUGGAGACCGCCCGGGACUACAGUCCGGAUUCCAGCCCGCAGAUUUCCGCGGCCUCAGACAUGGACUCUCUCAACGGGAACGUUACUCCGAACGGCGCUCAGAAACGACCGAAAAGGCUGGGAAUGAACACAGAAAACGGCUACCCAGCAAAAAACAGUCAGGACGACGGCGGUUCUCUACCGUGUACGCCGGAGCUGCAGUCGGACAGUGAAAUAGACGCGACAAGUCCGGCAGGGGGCGCAGUUCUUGAAAGCGACACCAGGCAGCUGAUUGACUCUUUUCUUCACGAAUUUACUGGACUUUCUCAGCCGCGAUGGAAGCAAACCAGCGAACUAGAAACUAUGAAACGAGUCGCGGAGAACCUUUUGGAGAAGCACACAUACGUAUACCGUGGUAUGAUCAGCAAAUUGUCUCUGGAUGAUAGGGGGGAUGAUAUGAGUUUCAUCACGGCAGUCGCUACAAGCAUCUUUGCAGACGGUAAAACCAACUGGGGUCGGAUCGCCAGCCUGGUGACCUUCGGGGGGGUGGUGUCUCAAUACCUGAAGGACAAGGGCCGGGGUCACUGUGUGGACCUCGUGGGUCAGGAAAUCUCCACAUAUCUGCUAUCAGCACAAAGAAACUGGCUGAUCCAGAACAACGCUUGGGAGGGCUUUGUGGAGUUUUUUCGUGUAUCAGACCCAGAGUCCACAGUGAGGAAUGUGCUUAUGACUUGCGUUGGCGUUGCUGGCAUUGGUGCAACACUGGCGUUGUUAAUCAGGUGACUUUCUUUUGGUUCAACUCCGAGACUGAAUUCAACACGGUGGAUGGACAUGUUCAUAAAGUGUCUGAGCAACUUGGAUUUUUUUUUUUUUGGACUUUAACAUGAAGAUGGACAGCAUACUUUGACAAAAUGCUCAGAACCAUAGAUCCUUUCCAAUUUUCCCCGGGCACGCCUUCACCCCUGAACUCCCAUAAAUAAGAAUUCACUUAAGAGGACGUGUCAGCGGACUUUGCUUUCACCAUUCAACAUCACAUCAUAAGUGCACACAUUAGGGAUUAUUUAAUUUACAAAGAAAUAUAUUUUUCUAAUGUAAUAUUGUUUCUAUGCAAAUUUGAAAUGGGUUUGGGGCAUCAGUUGACCUGAUUCUUGCUUGAUUGUUUACCUAGUGUUGAUAUUAAAAUUUAUUGGCUGCAAUGGUGUCCUUUGUUUUUAUUUUUAUGAGAGUCCCAAGCCAAAGCAGGAAGAAAGGCUUUUGCAUUCAGUGCUUAUGAUGCCCAUUUCCAUAUGGACCAUUCAUUAACCCUGAACCUUUGUAUGGGUGCUGCAAACUCGAAGAAGGCGUGGUGGAUUUGCAUGAAUGUAGCUCGACUUCCUGGUUAGGAAAACACAGAUGUCUGGAUCUGUGGUCAAAGUGUACGCCUGCGGAACUGUUGAUAGUGCUGUAAACUUCAGUGUUUUUAUUGAAAUAAAUGUCAAGGACUGUUUUAAAGUAGCAUGUAUUUGCUGCAGACUAGUGGACAAAUGGCAAUGAAGCUGAUAAGAAUUAUACACCACAGUGGUGCUCAGAAAAUGUCAUGUCACAGCUGUGCUAAUUCAAAGCGAAGUUAAUACUAGAACAGAUCCAGAUCUAAGCUAAUUAAUCUGUAGCCUGAAGUUUUUCCACAUUGUUUGCCUUUACUAAAUAAAAACACACAUGGUUUGACCUCA